GCUCUAACUGUCAAACUCAAAUGUGACAGUGUCAUUAAUUAUGUCCUUCCUGUUUCCACUCUUAACGAUCACAUGGCUUGCUUGUAAGAAUGUGGGGAAGCUGAGAAGUGGCUUUUUUAAAAUCAUUUUUAAGGGGCAAGAUGAAGAGAAAGCGGACCGAGACGUUGCCAGUCAGGCCGGAAGCUGUGAGUGUGGUUAGCUGAGCGGAACAGUCGAGGGGGAAGAAGCUCCUUUGCCCUUUUUUGUACAGUGUUUCUUGUGCGUAGACCCUCCAGACUAAACUGAAACCAGCUGCUGAAGGACAAAGCGAGAGUUAAGGAAGCCAGUGCAGCUUUUGGACGGGCUUUGAGGUAACAUUGAUGACUGGAGCAAACAUCCUCCAUUCCUAGCCCAAGUCUUGUCAGAAGAGAGGCGGCGGAGUUCAGGCCUGAGACCGGGCCAUGCUGCCAGCCUGAGCUCUCUGGAGACCGUACGGGCCCCCCCCCCCCCUACACAAUGGCAGGUUUGGCAGAUGUGAAGCCGGGGACCGGACCAAGGACAGGUGAAGGGAGGCUGUCCUGGCCAGUUUUCCUGCUGACGCUGGCUGCUGUCACCUCCUCCUCUCUUUCAGCGUUGUCCCUGUACCAACUGGUGGCCCUCAGGGCCGAGGUCGAGGGACUCAAGUCAGAGGUCGGUCGCAGGAGAGAAGAGGGACGAGAGGCUCUGCAUGCAAGCCAGACUGAGAAUAUCAGUAGGAGAAGCAGCCAAGAGUCCCUGCACCAACCUGGGUUUCCGAUAAGAAAGAAAAGGUUUGUCUCUGGAUCAGAGACAUCAGUUUCCCAGCCUUGCCUGCAGUUGUUGGCAAACAAUAGCAGGAAAACCUUCCAGAAAGAAUAUAACUCGGAGCCGCACACGGGUAUCCCCUGGCAGGCCGGGCUGAGGAGAGGCUCGGCCCUGGAGGCGGACGGAGACAGCAUGCUGGUCAUGGAGGAGGGCUUCUACUUCGUGUACAGUCAGGUCUACUACAUGGACAGCACCUUUGCUAUGGGUCACGUGUUGAUCCGGAGGAAGAGGAAUGUGGUGGGAGACGAGCCCCAGUAUGUGGUCCUGUUCCGCUGCAUCCAGAACAUGAACCCCGUCCACCCUUACAACACCUGCUACACGGGAGGCAUCGUGAAGCUGGAGGUCGGGGACCACUUGGAGCUGCUGAUCCCGCGCCCCACAGCCGCCGUGUCCCUGUACGGAGACACCACCUUCCUGGGGGCCGUCAAACUGGCUUGACAUGUGUCACCUCGGGGGGGGGGGGCGGCCAUGAUGGGAGCGACAUAGCACACGUGCUGGUGACCUCGCCCGACUUUGGCUGGCGUGAUUAUUGCGAAGUGAGAAGAAUACAGGAAGCGGCCGUUUCUGUGCCGGCUGAGCGAUAGACUGCAUGACUCCUUGUUGGGCCUGAGGGGGGACAUGAAAGAGACCGCGAGUGGACGCCAUGGUCUUUUCUCUUAAAAUAGAUGCACCGUAUACACGUAGCUGCAGCUGUAUUGUGCUCGCAUCCAAGAUGUUGUCUUCUGAGAUGUGCUACUCGUGUGUCAUUCUCAUCCUGUUUUGAUCAAUGGAGCAUUACUGAAAUAGCUCCCACGUGUUAUUUUAGAUAGUCAAUCAUAAAUGUAUCGUCUGAAUGUCAUAAUUUUGAUUUGACUGAUACAAAAUUCAGAUGCAAUAAAGUGACAGUUCUGCACAAGAUAUGACAUCA